AUGGCUGGCCGUCAAGGAAUCAAGGCUCACUUUCGCCGGCCGUGGCUCAUCCCACGAACUAAUGGGCAGGUCGAAGCUUUCACUAAGAUCUUGUCGGCCGGAAUCAAAAAGAAGUUAGACAAUGCAAGGGGAUUAUGGGACGAAGAAUUACAGUUGGUCUUGUGGUCAAUAAGAACAACAACCAAAAACUCUACUGGUGAAACUCCAUUCAUGCUGGUAUAUGGUUCAGAGGCCGUCCUCCCCAUUGAAGUUGAGGAGCCAACACUGCGAGUGAUGAUGUAUUCAGAAGAUGCCAAUUGGGCUGCUCUUCGGACGGCUUUAGAUCUAGUUGCUGAAGUCAGGGGCAAUGCACUUCUGAGAAUGCAACUUUACAAGCUAAGAAUGGCUAAAGAAUUUAACAAAAGAGUUGCAAGGCGGCCACUGAAGCAGGGAGACCUCGUCCUGAGGAAGAUGGAAGCGACGUCUGGUGCAUGA